AUGAUGACCGCUAUUCAACAGAACAAAUCUUUGCUUGAAGAAGCUUGCCUCAAAACCAGCGUCGACAGGAAUGCUUCAGUAAAGUCGUCUUUUGGUAUGAUCCACCUUCGGGACUCUUCAACAAACGCUCACAUUCGAAAGGGAGGACGAAAGCUCAGCCGGAUUUCACCUGAAAAGAGAGAGGACGUAUCGCUGAUUGCGUCAAUCUUUACGUCGUAUAAAAGCCAACCGGCUGCAGUACCACGCGAUUCAACCGUUCUCUUCUGCUAA